GAUUAUCGUGCUUCCAACGCUGAAAAUGGCUCUCAAGGAGGAAUCGUGCAGCAAGUGCUUUGACGGUCGCCAGCUCGUCUACAGCCAUGACAGUGAAACCCUCAAGUGCAACAUGCGCUUUGCCGUGUACCUUCCCCCUGCUGCCGAGUCGCGCAAGGUCCCAGUUCUGUAUUACCUGUCGGGCCUGACCUGUACCGAGCAGAAUGUCAUCACCAAGGCCGGCGCACAGCGCAUCUGUGCCAAGCACAACAUUGCUCUCGUGUGCCCCGAUACCUCACCACGCGGCGUCAAUCUUGAGGGGGAAGACGAUACUUGGCAGUUCGGCACCGGUGCCGGCUACUACCUGAAUGCCACCCAGGAACCUUGGUCCAAGCACUACCACAUGUUCGACUAUGUCACCAAGGAGCUACCUGCCCUGGUAGAAAAGGAGCUGCCCGUGACCGCGACCAAGUCCAUUUUUGGCCACAGCAUGGGUGGCCAUGGAGCCCUCAUUUGUGCCCUGAAAUGUCCUGGCCAGUAUGCCAGUGUGACGGCCUUUGCCCCCAUCUGCAACCCCAGUGUGACGCCCGUGGCUUCAAAGGCCCUCAAGGGCUAUCUCGGUGACGACAAGGCAGCCAUGGAGGCUUACGAUGCCACCUGUCUGGUCGGCAGCUACAACGGCCCCAUGAUGGACAUUUUGAUCGAUCAGGGAACCAAUGAUGGCUUUUACAAGGAUAAAGACCUCGAGCCCGAAGCCUUUGUGCGCGCCGCGGCAGCCAACCCCAACAUUUCGGUUGUGUUGCGUAAGCACGAAGGCUACGAUCACGGCUACUACUUUAUCUCCUCGUUCAUGGAGGACCAUGUUGAUAUUCACGCGGCCGCCCUGAAUGAGGACGGCAGCGGAGCUGCCAACUAG